CGGCGCGGUAGAGAGGAGGGAAUCGAUUUCAAAUGGGAAACAUAUUCUUUGGUGGGCAUAUUCGUGCUCGUUUCUGGGAAUCUUCUCGUUGGGGUAUAUUCGCUCAAACUCAAGGCCAGCAGAUCAAGAACCCGCGGAGUCUCAUGGGCGAUCCAAUGCAAGGAGGAGGAGUGGCGGCGGCGGCGGCGGUGGCAUUGGAGCUCUGCGAGGAGGGAAGAGGAAGGGGAGGAGGCGGCGGCGCGGUGAAGGGAUUGAAGAAGGGGCCGUGGACGCCGAGCGAGGACGCGAUUCUUGUGGGCUAUGUUCACAAGCACGGCGAGGGCAACUGGAACAAUGUCCAGAAGAACUGCGGCCUCUCGCGCUGCGGCAAGAGCUGCCGGCUGCGGUGGGCGAAUCACCUCCGCCCCAACCUCAAGAAGGGCGCCUUCACCCCCGAGGAGGAAAGAACCAUCAUCGAGCUCCAUGCCAAGCUCGGCAACAAGUGGGCGAGAAUGGCGUCACAGUUGCCCGGAAGGACUGACAACGAGAUCAAGAACUACUGGAACACAAGGAUCAAGCGGAGGAUGCGAGCGGGGCUGCCGGUCUAUCCCCCGGACCUCCAAGACUUGUGCUCCAAUCUUGCUCGCGGCGGCCAUCACCGGAAAGAAGCGCAAGAAGAUCAUUAUCUUGGUCAUCACCACAACCAGGUGGUGGUGAGCAGUAGCACCAGCAGCAAGAGCAGCAAUAGCAACAACAGUAGCAGGAAGAGCGGCGGCAUCUUGAUCGCCGCCGCCAAGAACAGCCACGACCAUCCUUCCUCGAUCGCCACCUCGUCCUACUACAACGACGAUGGAGCUCGAGGCGAUGAUCAUCACGACGACUUUGCCGCUGCUUAUCACCACCACCGUCUUCUCGAGCAGAUCAACCAGCAGCACCAGCAGCAAAGCCAGCCGGAAUCCACGAGCGAGAGCUAUGGAUCCAACAGCGGUGGGAGCGGCGGCGGCAACUUCUUGCGUGAUGUCUUGUUCCACCAAGACCAUCAAGCCCAGCGCGAUCACGAUCACCACUCCCCGGACGAGCAGCCGCUGGUCUACGGCAAAUCCAGCGCCGUCAACGAGGAAGGAAUCUAUCAGCUGAGGCUCUUCGAGGUGUGGGACGAGGACCAGGUGGAGCAAACCACCACCGCCACCACCUUCCGGGGUGGAUUGGUGUGCCCGGACGAGGAUUUCUACGCGCUGCUCGAGCUCGAGUCGCAGAUGCCGGGGCCACCGCCGGAGCUCAUCCCCGUGCCUGUAAACCUUUUAAGUUACAGCAGCGGCUUGAAUCACCCGGCUAACUUGGCUCUCAUGUUUCAAGGUGAGAUGAUCCCUGCUCUAAACUCGCCGUCCGCCACGCAGCUCAAUUGCUACCCGUGCCUCUACAACCGAGACGAGCUCCCGGAUCUCUACCAGCAGCAGCAGCAGCAGCAGCUCAUGUGGGACUAACACACACUGAUUUAUUUGCCAUACAUUCUUUCUAACCCACCAUUGAUAUUACACAAACUUUCUUCGAAAAUGGAGAGAGUUUAUUAAAACUUUGGUUUCUUAGCAUACAAAAUUCUUGGUCGCGACUUCAA